AUGGGUGACUUCUAUGCCUGGCUCACCGAGCACGGCGUCAGUGUCGACUACUGCCCCGCCGAGGCCCAUUGGCAGAUCGGCGGCGUUGAGCGCCGCAACGCCAUUUUGAGGACCAUCGUUGAGCACCUUGUAGAUCAGUACGCCGCCCUCAACACCCUUGACUUGGAUGAUGCCAUCCUGGCGGGCGUGCACGCGGUCAACAGCAGCACCUACACAAAGGGGACACCUUUUCAAGCAGUUUUUGGACGAGUGCCCAAACUCACCGGCAUCUUCGACACCGAGACCGGCAUCAUCACCAAGUCAGGAGACUGCAAUGGACCUCUUCGAGCAGAACUUCUUCGAAGCGAGGCUAUCAAGCACAUCCACGACCUCAAUGCAGACCAGGCCAUCCGCCGCGCCAUCCCCAGGAAGACAAAGAAGACCGGGAUCUCCGAUCUAUCUGCAGGAGACCGAUGUGCCUUUUGGAGAUGGAGGAAGAUCGGGAGCCGCAAGCGAGGCGCAUGGGUCACGGCCAAGUUCCUCGGCUGGGACCCCGACGCGGUGGGCAAGAAUGCCUGGGUGAGGACCUCAACUACUACCACCUUGGUUAGCAGCGAGCAGCUGCGCGCGGCCGCUGGCUUUGAGCAGUGGUGCCCGGAUGAGUCCGAUCACUACGUGAUGGACUAUGGAAUGAUGAACGUGGUCCUGCGCCAAUCGAGGACGGCUUCGAGGUGGACUUCGAACCAGCUGAAGCCGCAGGAGGAGAAGAUCUUGUACUACCACUGGUGGACGCGCAACCACGCGCUGAUCUACCUCAACCACAACCAUCACCUCAAGGAGUACCAGAACGCAGCCAACAUGAACGACAACAUACUGCCAGCCAAGCGCACCUCCGACGUCCUCUACCAGUUCAAAGACGAGCACGACGGCACCUUCGCCAGGACCGGCUACGACUUUGAUGGUAGCCCCGACCUUGGAUACGGCCCACAAAGCCGGACCUUCCACCAGGCCUACCUCACCACAGACCACAGGAAGGCCGAUGUUCCGCCGGGCAAGGAACCAACUGAGUCCGACAGCACGGAUGAUAGCGACCAAGACACGGUCCCUCCAGACCAACGAGGACUCACCCGGCGGGAACGGAAGCAGCUCGACCGCGAACUACCAUGGCGUGAGAUUUUUGCAAUGGGCCCCCACGCAGUGGACAAGUUCCUGCGCGCCGCCGAGGUCGAGCACGACGCAUGGACGCAGUGGAGCUCAGUGCGACCAUUGUCACGCGAAGAGGCCGCGAAGGUGCUGAGGGACAAGAACCUCUCCAGGAGGAUCAUAAGGUCCCGGGCUUGCUACAGGGACAAGAACCGGGGCACUGGCGAGAUCAAGGCCAAAUGCCGGGUAGUGUGCAUUGGAUGCACCGAUCCCGACCUGAAGCACAUCAGCAGGGACGCGCCCACUCCAAGCCGCCUCACGGAGCACAUGGUCUUCAGCAUCAUCACGGCAGGAGCCACCAAGCACAAGUGGCGCGGCUGGCUCGCUGACGCCAAGACGGCGUUCCUUCAGGGCAAGCAGCCCGAUGAUGAGCGAGGCGCUCCAAUCUUCAUGUGGGCUCCCCGAGACGGCCUGAUCGACAAGACCGGCAGAUGCAGUGCGGAGAUCUAUGAGAUCCUGGGGAAUGUAAAUGGAUUGGCAAAUGCACCAAGGCUUUGGUGCCAGGAAAUCAAGCGGCGUCUCCUCGGCAACGGCUAUCGCAUGCACGCCUUCGACAAGAUGUGCUUCCUCAAGUACGACGGCGACCAGAUCCUGUCGAUCAUCGUGAUCUACGUGGAUGAUUUUCUCGGAGUUCACCGGGAGGACUAUGACCUCAGCGAGGUGAUCAAGCUAUUCGAAUGGGGUGCGUUCCAGUACCUCGAUGUCGAUAAGGAGGUGGUUUUCAAGGGCAAGGAGCUGAGGCUGGUCAGGAAGAAUGAUAAGCACCGGCUGCUCAUUUCCCAGAGGAGUUCGUUCAAGGACUUGAUGCCUGCAGGCUACCACGUGGGCGUCUUCAAGGUCCUCUAUGAGACGGCUGAGUUCGCCAAGUCAACCCCCGGCCUCGGCAUGGUCAUUGAGGAGGUUCCCAUCAACAAGGCCACCGCCGUUGUGGUCUUGGGCAAACGCCUACAAGGGCGGCUCGCAGCCAUUUCGCCUCUUGCGGUGGUGGAUUGGAAAUCAGGCAGAAGCAGUCGCAUCUGCCGAAGCACUCUGGCGGCCGAAGCAUCAGCCGCUGAUGAGGGGGCAGACAGGGCAGCCUUCGCCAUCAGCGAGAUUUUGCACAAUGUGGAAGCGCACCGAGCCAGAUGCAGACUCCCGUCCAAGCAGGUGACUGACGCCAAAAGCUUGUACGACGCUGUGAUCGCCGAGAACCCCAACCUGGCGGACCGCAGGUCCAUGAUCAAUAUCAGGGCGAUCCAGGAGACGGUGCGGCCCAGCCAAAUGCACUGGGUUCCCACGGGCAUCAUGUGGGCUGACGGGCUCACGAAGUAUGACACUCGCCUCAGGGAGACCUUCCACAACCUGUGUGCCAACUACGCGAAGGACGCGAAGGCCGAUAAGAAAAUGGUACCGGUGAAAGUUCCCUGCAUGGCCAGGCAUCGACCUUCGCUGCACAUCGGCCCAAAGGGGCCCCUGAGCUGA